CUGGGACCACGCUGCCGACCCGGCGGGCGCUGAAGAACGCGCGCUUGGUGAGCACCAAGGACGACGUGCACCUGUGCGUCAUGUGCCUGCGCGCCAUCAUGAACUACCAGGUAGGGGACGGCGCCGUGUCACCGUCACCACACCGGGUACGGGGACGUCACGGUGCCAUUGUCACCGCACCGGGUACGGGGAGGUCACUGCGUCACCGUGGCUGCACUGGGCAUGGGGACAGCGCUGGGCCACUGUCACCAUAGUGGGGUACAGGGAUGGCACUGUGUCAUUGUCACCAUACCGGGUGCAGGGGUGGCACUGUGUCACCAGCGCUGUGUUGGGUAUGGGGACAUCACGGUGGCACUGUCACCAUGCUGGGUCCAGGGCCAUGACUGUGUCACUGUCACUGUGUUGGGUAUGGGGACAGCGCUGUGCCACUGUCACCAUAUGGGGUACAGGGAUGGCACUGUGCCACUGUCACCAUACUGGGUACGGGGACAUCGCUGUGUCACUGUCACGGUGCCGGGUGUGGGGACAUCACGGUGGCACUGUCACCAUGCUGGGUCCAGGGCCAUGACUGUGUCACCGUCACUGCGUUGGGUAUGGGGACAUCGCUGGGCCACUGUCACCAUACCAGGUACGGGGACAUUGCUGUGUCACCAGCGCUGUGUUGGGUAUGGGGACAUCCCUGUGCCAGGUGUGGGGACCUCACGGUGCCACCGUCACCAUAGUGGGUGCAGGGACAUCACUGUGUCAUUGUCACUGCACUGGGCAUGGGGACAUCACUGUGCCACUGUCACCAUAGCAGGUGCAGGGGUGGCACUGUGUCACCAGCGCUGUGUUGGGUAUGGGGACAUCACGGUGGCACUGUCACCACGCUGGGUCCAGGGCCAUGACUGUGUCACUGUCACUGCGUUGGGUAUGGGGACAUCGCUGGGCCACUGUCACCAUAGUGGGGUACAGGGAUGGCACUGUGUCAUUGUCACUGUACCAGGUAUGGGGACAUCGCUGUGUCAUUGUCACUGCACCGGGCAUGGGGACAGCACUGUGCCACUGUCACCAUAGCGGGUGCAGGGGUGGCACUGUGUCACCAGCGCUGUGUUGGGUAUGGGGACAUCAUGGUGCCAGGUGUGGGGACAUCACGGUGGCACUGUCACCACGCUGGGUCCAGGGCCAUGACUGUGUCACCGUCACUGCGUUGGGUAUGGGGACAGCGCUGGGUCACUGUCACCAUGUGGGGUACAGGGAUGGCACUGUGUCAUUGUCACUGUACCGGGUAUGGGGACAUCACGGUGGCACUGUCACCAUGCUGGGUUCAGGGCCAUGACUGUGUCACCGUCACUGUGUUGGGCAUGGGGACAGUGCUGUGUCACCGUCACCAUACCGGGUGCAGGGGUGGCACUGUGUCACUGUGCCGGGUGUGGGGACAUCGCAGUGUCACCGUCACCAUAGCGGGUGCAGGGAUGUCACUGUGUCACCAGCGCUGUGUUGGGUAUGGGGACAUCGCUGUGUCACUGUCACCAUAUGGGGUACAGGGAUGUCAUUGUGCCACUGUCACCAUACCAGAUACGGGGACAUUGCUGUGUCACCAGCGCUGUGUUGGGUAUGGGGACAUCUCUGUGCUGGGUGUGGGGACAUCACAGUGGCACUGUCACCAUGCUGGGUCCAGGGCCAUGACUGUGUCACCGUCACUGCGUUGGGUAUGGGGACAGCGCUGGGCCACUGUCACCAUAUGGGGUACAAGGAUGGCACUGUGCCACUGUCACCAUACCGGGUACGGGGACAUCGCUGUGUCACCAGCGCUGUGUUGGGUAUGGGGACAUCAUGGUGCCAGGUGUGGGGACCUCACAGUGGCACUGUCACCAUGCUGGGUCCAGGGCCAUGACUGUGUCACCGUCGCUGCACUGGGCACGGGGACAUCGCUGUGUCGCUGUCACCAUGUGGGGUACAGGGAUGGCACUGUGCCACUGUCACCAUACCGGGUACGGGGGCAUUGCUGUGUCACCAGCGCUGUGUUGGGUAUGGGGACAUCCCUGUGCCAGGUGUGGGGACCUCACGGUGCCACCGUCACCAUAGCGGGUGCAGGGACAUCACUGUGUCACUGUCACUGCACUGGGCAUGGGGACAGCACUGUGACACUGUCACCAUAGCGGGUGCAGGGGUGGCACUGUGUCACCAGCGCUGUGUUGGGUAUGGGGACAUCCCUGUGCCACUGUCACUGUGCCAGGUGUGGGGACAUCACGGUGGCACUGUCACCACGCUGGGUCCAGGGCCAUGACUGUGUCACCGUCACUGUGUUGGGUAUGGGGACAUCGCUGGGCCACUGUCACCAUAGUGGGGUACAGGGAUGGCACUGUGUCAUUGUCACUGUACCAGGUAUGGGGACAUCGCUGUGUCAUUGUCACUGCACCGGGCAUGGGGACAGCACUGUGCCACUGUCACCAUAGCGGGUGCAGGGGUGGCACUGUGUCACCAGCGCUGUGUUGGGUAUGGGGACAUCACAGUGCUGCUGUCACCAUAUGGGGUACAGGGAUGUCACUGUGACAGUGUCACCGUACGGGGAUGGCACUGUGUCACUGUGCCAGGUCUGGGGACAGCGCUGUCACCGUCACCGCUCCGGGUGUCACUGUGCCACCGCCGCUAUAUUGGGCGCAGGGAGGGGUGGCACCGUGCCACCGUCCCCUGUGCUGGGUAUGGGGACAUCGUGGUGUCAGUGUCACCGUACCAGGUGCAGGGGUGUCACUGUGUCACCGCGCCGGGUACGGGGACAGCGCUGCGUCACUGUCACCGUGCUUUGGGUCCAGGGACAUGGCAGUGUCACCAGCGCUGUGCUGGGUAUGGGGACGUCACGGGGUCAGUGUCACCAUAGCAGGGACAGGGAGGUCACCGUGCCAC